CUCAGCUUAUUUUUGCCGCCUGUAUACCAUAAAACGCCUCUCAACUUGUAAAAGAAUCUCAAAGUAAUCAGACUCUCAAAGAUUUCAUCCAAUGGCAAUCUGAGCGAGAGGUUACAAUAUCUACCUACUUAGCCAUGGAUUCACCGUCAGGUAAACGGUGCAGGAGAAGCGCCGGUCUAGGUAAGUGGCGAUGCAGCGAAAUGGCGUUGCCUUCAAGCUCGUAUUGCGAGAAGCACAACUUGCAAAGAAAUAAACAGGCUCAAAAAAGAAUUCGCGGAGAUGGAGAUAAUAACUGCAACUGUAAAUCCCGCAAGUUAAAGAGAAGUGGCAGUGUGGGAGGUGAAUUCAGCGGAUCGGAAAUGAACAAGAAGAAGAACAGGAGAGAGGAGGAGUUGAGCGGUGGAUCGGAAGAAGGGGACGGGCUUGUCUUGACAGAGAUGUUGGCCAGGGAGCGCGAAAAGGAAGAGAAAGAUAUCAAGGGGAGUAAGGUUGGUUCUCGAAAUUCAGUGAAGGAGAUAGUGGAUUCCGGUGAAGGAAAAGCUAAUUCCCGUAAAAAACAAGCCUCCGUUAAAGCUGUUAGGAAUGGUGCCGGUAGAGAGAAAAAAUCCAUCGAGAAGAAUAAGACGAGUAAAAGCAAAGAAUUUGGAAGUUUAAUGUGUCAUCAGUGCCAAAGGAACGACAAGAGUGGUGUUGUUUUUUGUUCCAGUUGUCAAAGGAAGCGUUAUUGUUACGACUGCAUUGAAAAGUGGUAUUCGGAGAAAACAAGGGAUGAAGUUGAGGCUGUUUGUCCGUAUUGUCGUGGAAAUUGCAAUUGUAAAGCUUGUUUGCGUGAAGUUUUGGUUGUCAAGGAUACCCGCAAGGAUAUAGAGGCCAGUGUCAAAUUGGAGUGGCUAAAAUAUUUGCUUCAUAAAGCUCUCCCAGUUCUUAAGCAUAUAUACAGGGAGCAGAGCUCUGAAAUGGAGAUUGAAGCAGACAUAAAAGGAUCUCAAUUGGCAGAAAUUGAUAUAACAAGGUCUAAGUUGGACAAAAGCGAACGUUUGUACUGUGACAACUGCAAUACAUCAAUUGUUAACUUUCACAGAAGCUGCUCCAGAUGUUCUUAUGAUUUAUGCUUAAUCUGUUGUCAAGAGCUAAGAGAAGGCCCCCAACCUUGUGCUAAUGAAGCAGAAACAUCCAGCCAACAGUUAGUUGAAAGAGCUAGUUUUCAAACUAUAGAGAAGGAUGAAAAAAGUAAUGCACCAAGGAGAAGACAUGGAUGGGAAAGCCAAGUGCAUUCACCCGGUAACGAUAAAGCUGUUACAUCUUCUCAUUUGCCUGAUUGGCGAGCUAAUGCUAAUGGUAGCAUUCCAUGUCCUCCAAGUGACUAUGGAGGUUGUGGUGCUUCUACACUUGAGUUGAGGCGUGUUUUUAAAGCUAACUGGGUAACUAAGCUGAUAAAUAAUGCCAAGGACAUUACCAGUCGAUACAAGCCACCUGAUGUUGAUUUCUAUUUGGACUGUUCUUCAUGCCAGAAUGCUUUAGAUGGAAACAGCAACAGUAGUUCUAAUGUGAGGCAUGCAGCUAACAGGAAAGAGUGUUGUGAUAACUACUUAUUCUGCCCAAAUGCUCAUGAUAUAUCAGAUGAUGAAAGUGAGCAUUUUCAGAGGCAUUGGAUGAGGGGUGAACCUGUGAUUGUCCGUAAUGUUCUAGAGAAAACAUCUGGCCUUAGUUGGGAACCCAUGGUCAUGUGGAGGGCUUUCAGAGAAACAGGUUCCAAUGUAAAAUUCAAAGAAGAGACUCGAAGCGUAAGGGCCAUUGAUUGCUUAGAUUGGUGUGAGGUCGAAAUUAAUAUUCACCAAUUUUUCAUGGGCUACUUAGAGGGUCGUAUGCACAACACUUGCUGGCCAGAAAUGUUGAAAUUGAAGGAUUGGCCUUCAUCAACCUUAUUUGAAGAACGUUUGCCCAGGCAUAAUGCUGAAUUUAUUGCUGCACUCCCUUUCAGUGACUACGCUGAUCCAAAAUUUGGCUUUUUAAACCUUGCUGCACGGCUUCCAGAGGGAUCAUUGAAGCCAGAUAUGGGACCCAAGACAUAUAUUGCUUACGGAUUCUCUGAAGAACUUGGUAGAGGCGAUUCUGUGACAAAGUUGCAUUGUGACAUGUCUGAUGCGGUAAAUGUAUUGACACACACAACUAAGGUGAAAAUUGCUCCCUGGCAACGCAAAGAGAUAGAAAGCAUGCAGAACAUGCAUGCUGCGGAAGACAUGCAAGAGCUAUAUGGGGGUGUAGAUAAAGCUAAGGUUGGAAUGGAAGAAAGAUUAUUGAAGACAACCCAUGGGGACAAGAUCAUUGUUACUGAUUGCGCAAAGAAUGGAAGCAUGGAGCAUGGGCACUUGUUGUUGGAAGAGAAACACAUAAAGGAAGGGAAACUGGAUAACGAACAAUCAAAUGCUAAUCCACCCGUUCCAGAUUCCGGGAAUCUAAAGAUUGCAGGAUUGGAUGAAUCAAAGCCUGGAAUGGGGCAUUCUGUUUCCUCUGAAAAUUGGAAAAACAAUAGUAUUGGGACAGAGUUGCUUCAAGUAAAUGAUUCAAAUCCUCGCAUUCUUGAUUUUAAUAAAAAUGGUGUGACACAAUCAUUAGGGGUUAAUAAUAACCCUGAAAAAGGCUCCUUCGAGGAAAACAGUGACAGAAAAUUAACUUCAAAUAUGCCGAAAGUUGACCCACACAAAUUCUCUUUGUCUAGCAGUGCAGAUGAAAGGGAUAAUCUAUUUGUUGAAAAUUUGAAUAAUAAAUCAAGCAUCUUGAAGCAUAAUGUGAAGGUAGAAGCAGAGUCAUUUCCAGAAAAUAAUGACAAAGGGAGAACUGAUAAAAAAAUGGAAAAUUUUGAAAUGGAGAGCUCUUCUUCAAGCAGCAUGCUAGAUAAGGACUACUUGAAAACAAGAAGAAUGGAUCAUAGUUUAAGAUUGGAGAAAGAGGUCAAAAAUAUUUCAGGAAAGGACCAAAUGGAUGAAAAUGUCUACUCUUCAGAGUUAAAUGCUGCCACAGCAGAAAACGUGACUGUGAAGUUAAACGAGCAAAGCGUAAAACAAUCUAAAGGUGGAGGAAACAAUUCUUCUAAUGUGGUAACUGAGAGCGAAGGUUUAGCUGAUUGGAGUGCAUCCUACCUAGAAAAGAUUAAAUGUUCAAACGACAUGGUGGUAACGAGGAAAGACAAGUUUGGGAUUUCAUUCUCUGGUGAUUGUGCAUUUAGUGUCCCUGUUUCGAAAGAAUCAGACCAAGAGGCUGUCAAGGAUAUAGGAAAUGAUGAUCACUUAGAACUGGUCAAAGGUGGUGCUGUCUGGGAUAUCUUUCGCAAGCAGGAUGUUCCUAAAAUCAUUCAGUAUUUGGAAAAGCACAAGAAGGAAUUUCGCCAUGUUAACAAUCUUCCUGUAAUUUCGGUCAUUCAUCCCAUUCAUGAUCAGACUCUUUUUUUAAAUGAGAGGCAUAAAAGGCAACUGAAAGAGGAAUUUGAUGUGGAACCUUGGACGUUUGAGCAAUACCUUGGUGAGGCUGUUUUCAUUCCUGCCGGAUGCCCUCAUCAAGUGAGAAAUAGACAAUCUUGUAUUAAGGUUGCACUGGAUUUUGUUUCUCCCGACAACAUUGAGGAAUGCCUUCGAUUAACUAAUGAGUUCCGUAAGCUCCCAAAGAACCAUAGAGCCAAGGAGGACAAGUUAGAGUGUUUGGAACUUUGCAACAAUUGUGAACGAGCAUGAAUUCAGCAAUGGAGGUUUUGCAGCUGUAGUCUCUAUUGAUUCCAACCAUCUGUUGUACUUUCAUCUGUCAAAUACACUAGGCACACUUCUUGUUUCGAACCAACUAUUGGGGUUUGAGAAUUACAAAUUUUUGGAGGCGUUAGAUGCGCUCUACAUUGUUGGCAAAGAAUAAAUUGGGCUUUGUUGAUGGAGUUUGCCAAAAGGAAUUUUAUGAUCCCAUCUUUCAUCAUUAAUUGGAGCGCUGUAAUGCCAUUGUUCUUUCUUGGAUUUUGAAUGCAGUUUACAAAGAAUUUUUAAUAAGAAUCUUCUUUGUAUCAAGUGCUUCUUUAGUUUGGCAAGAUAUUGAAGAAAGGCACGAUAAGGUUGAUGGUACUUGGGUUUAUUUUCUCCAUCAAGAAAUUCCUUCUCAUGUGCAAGGUAUCUCGUCAAUCUUUAUCUAUUCUACUCCAAUCAUAUUGUUAUAGGCUGAAUUUGAUGCAUUAAUGCCGCUUGUUCUCGUGAUGCGUCAAGGAAAACAUUCAACAUGUUACUCCACAAAGGCUCUUUCAAUUUUUGAUGGGUCUAAAUGAACCCAUAACACUAUUAAGAUUAGUAUUUUACUAAGGCCUAAGUGUUUUUGGAAAAAAAAAAAACUUUUGUGGAGAAGUUAAAAUUUUUGACUUUUGAUAAAAGUAUUUUUGGGCCAAUUUUUAAUAUGGGAGAGAUUUUUUUUUUUUUUUAAAAUAGCUUGUUUAGGAAUGUUUUUUUCUCAAAAGGCCUCAUGCAGCCCUUGCCAACAAUUAAUCAAGCAUGUUCUAUGCUUGUCCAAGAAGAGUCACAAGGCAACACUCUGCAGCUUUAAAUUCCAAAGCAAUGUUUGCGCCUACUGCCUUGUAAUCUUCGAAUGCUCAACAAAUAAAAAAAAAGUCCAAUGGUAUAUUUAACGACGGCAAAGUUAAAGUGCACAAGAAAGAGAAUUGUUGCUGACUGAUUGGAUACCCAUCAGAUUUCAAAUUUACAGAGAAAAGGAAUCUAAGUUUAUCAUCCUCAGCAAAUCAUGUUAUUGCCUUGGAAUCUUUAGAUGGAAAUGACGCUUUGACAUCUCAACAGGCUUUAGUCUUUACUCAAGCAUAGUAUCAACAAAUUCUGGAUUACUUAAUAAGGGAAUAUCUGUUGAUGCAACUGCAAUAUGACAGGUAUGGUUUCUUGAUUCACCUCUAUCAAAAUAUCAUCCUUAGAAUGGAUCUUGAACACACGGGCUACUAAUCAUAUGAUAUCUAACUUGCAAUGUUCAAAAUCUCCAAUUUCUUGCCCUUCUUAAUCAAGUUUUCAAUUGUCUAAUGGUGAAGCAAUCCCCAUUACACAUAUUGGUUCAUAUACUCUUCCAAUUGAUGAUAAUCUUACCAGCAUUCUCUACAUACCAGAUUUUCAUUACGACUUGCUUUCCAUUUCGAAAUGCACCCUAGAUCUAAAUUGCUUUCUUUCAUUUUAUCCUGAUAAAGAAUAAGGUCUGCCAUAUCAAAAUCAUUCAUUUACUAAGUUAGCUUCUGUAUCUUUCAUUGUUUUUUUUUUAAUUAUAAAAAUUAGAAUAAUCUCUUUUGCAUAAUGGAUGUAGGCAUGCAUCAUUGUCAAAAUGAACUAAAUGUCUCUUUUCCAAAAUAAAAUCUUGAAUAAAAUUAUUAGCAUAAUAAUAAAUUUAGGCCUCAACAUUUACCUAUUUUUUAUUUUGAUUUUAUCCAGUUUGGUAAAACCAC